UAACGUCAUAUCUUAGCACAAUAUCGUUUGUUAGUGUCAAAUUUUAUAAUUUUUUCCAAUUAUAUGGCAUUGCUCGUGUAAAUAGAAGCUAAGAAUGUGAAGUUAUUAAUAGUAUUUAUGAUUCUAAGUAUACGAAGGCUGUGAUAAGUCAGAAAUCAAGAUUAACCUAUAAAAUAUUUUUGACAUAUUCGGUAUGAAUUAUUAAAAAUAAUUAGUUAAGUGAUACACACAUACUGUACAAAAAUCAUGACUGACAAAGAAUCACCGGCAGUUAUUGGACACGACACUCCCACUGAUCGAAAAUGCCGAGUGUACGCGAGCAUCUCGUUCGCGGUCCUCCUGCUGGUGGUCGGCGUGCCUCUCUGGUGGGACACAACGGCCGUGCCGCGGGUCGCUCUGCCCUACGCGGGCAUCAAGGCCCUCAGCCAUCUCGACCUCCGCAUCCACGUGCAAGUCCAGCUGGGCUGCCUCGACGAGUACCGCUGCCAGCGCUUGGCCACGGAAAUUUUCAACUCACUCACGGCUUCCGGACACUCUGGAAUGUACACGGUGACGGUGUCGCACUUUGUCACGGGCAACUCGUCGAUACCCAGGGACAAGACGAUAGCCGACCUCGACAGGUCCGCCAAGAGUUUCAGCCUCACGCACGGCGACAUCCUCCUGCUGGAGUGCGCGGCCGAGGCGCUCGGUGGUAAUCUCGCGCACGUCACCUCCGGCCGCUCGAUUUACUUUUCCAGCAGAGCCGACGCGGGCAGCAUAAGCGACGUGGUGAGCCAGUGGAUGCUGCGGGAGAAGGUGCUCCUCCUCACCCGCAACGCCCUGGACAAGCCGACGGAGUACAGUCUGGACGUGGAGAACCGAAGGCGCUUCCCGGCCAGUCCCAACUACGACGUCCUCCUCAGCCUGGUCAGCCCGGAUCCCGAGCGCAUGAGGAUCGACCGCGGCUUGGCUCGCAUCGCCCAAGAUUACUUGGAGCCAUUCGUGGAGGAGCUGUCCCUGCUGGCGAACUUUUCGGUCAAGUCCCAGUGGUUGUACCUACUGCAGCUGGGUGUCGAGCCGAAACACGUCUCGGAUUCCAGCAAGUUCGGCCGGCACUUUGCCCUCACCGAGGACGUACUGCCGCAGAUCAUCACCCCCAUGGAGACCAAGCUCGCGUCUCAAGUCAGUUUGCACCCGACGAUAAAUCUGGUCACGUACGUGGUUCCCUGUAGCAACGCGCCUCUACACAUUUACACGCGCCAAGGACGCCGCGCCAACAAGGCCCGCGACUUCGAGGCUUUUCAUUCACCAAGGUGGGGAGGCAUCGUCAUAGUCAAUCCACCCGAAAAGUUUUGCGAGACGACCAAAGAGAGCGACGUUUUCACGCCCGAUCAGAAAAUGAUCCUCGAAGCGUUUAUCACGCAACUCAGGCUUCUCCUCGGUAUUACCGACAAGGAGUCGAUAGGCGGAGUGGGGCUGGCACCGUUGGAGGGUCUUAAGCCUCGUGGCUGGGAAGUCGACGACCUAUUGCGCAUCAGGUCGGUCGAGCAGCUGACUUCGGCAAAGUUGACCCUCCAGUCCCUAGCCAGGCUCUUGAAGGAGAUCAGUAACAUCGUCAUCACGGAUCAGGUUGGCGAGCGCAUCAACAGGGCGCUCACUCUCAUACAACGGUCCACGGAGCUCUUGUCCAAAGGGGAUCUCAAGAAUGGGUUUUUAGCCAGCAAGGAGGCCUUUGUUCAGUCAGAGGCUGCCUUUACCGAUCCGUCGCUGCUUGCGCUGCUCUACUUUCCUGACGAUCAGAAGUAUGCCGUGUACAUUCCGCUCUUCCUGCCGGUUAUGAUACCGGUGCUGUUUUCGUUGAAAAACAUCAAGAACUACCUAUUCUGCUCAAAUUGAUUUUUUUAUGGAUGAUUGCUAUGUUUGCUGCAGUUUUUGUAAAGCUCAAUAAAAAAAAACCUUUUUCGUAAAUACA